AUUCUUCAAAGCUCUCUUGUUUGUGAUCCGCCGGCCGGGUGCUGAAGGCUGGCAUGGCCGAACUGAACGCGGCUCUGUGCUGCUGCUGCAGGAAAGCUCUCCCGAUGCCCGGUGCGAAGGCUGGCAACGCGGCUCGGUGCCGCCUGGUGGACGUGGCCUCGGCGUCUAACUUCCACAGCUUCUCUCUGCGCCACUUCCACCUCGACUUGCGGGUGAACUUCGGUCUGAAGCGGAUCACCGGCUCUCAGGUCCUGGAGCUGUCGCUGCUGCAGCCCGGGGUCCAGACGCUCAUCCUGGAUGCCCAUCCGUCAUUACUCAUCCGCUCUGUGGACUGCAAGGUGCCCGGUGCCACCGGUUCUCCUGAUCUCAUACUACAGCUCACCUACAGCCUGGAACCCUUCACGGACUACGGUUCCUCGCUGAGGAUCGUCCUGCCCUCCGCCAUCCGGCCGCACCGACCAUUUCACCUCACCAUCCGCUACACCACCACUGAUGGACCUGCGAUCUGGUGGUUGGACUGCGAGCUAACAUGUGGUCAGAAGAAGCCACUGGUCUUCACUCAGGGUCACUCCGUGUGCAAUCGUUCUUUUUUUCCUUGCUUCGACACUCCAGCUGUUAAAAGUACCUACUCUGCUACUGUCAGGGUUCCAGAUGGAGUGACAGUGUUAAUGAGCGCAUCCAGGAGUUUGUACUCCAAACAGGAACGUCUGUUCCAGUUCUCCAUGGAGUACCCAGUUCCUGCCUAUCUGGUGGCGCUGGUGGCUGGGGAGCUUCAGCAUGCUGACAUCGGACCCAGGAGCCGUGUUUGGGCAGAGCCCUGUCUCCUGGCCUCUGCUGUCAGUAAGCUGGGGGGCAGUGUGGAGCGCUGCCUCAAUGUGGCCGAGGAACUAUUUGGUCCUUACGUGUGGGGCAGGUACGAUAUAGUGUUUCUCCCUCCUUCAUUCCCAAUCGUGGCGAUGGAGAACCCGUGUCUGACCUUUAUCAUCUCGUCCAUCCUGGAGAGUCAGGAGUUCCUGCUGAUCGAUGUCAUUCAUGAGAUCGCUCACGGCUGGUUCGGUAACGCUGUCACCAACGCCACCUGGGAGGAGAUGUGGCUCAGUGAGGGGUUAGCUACGUACGCACAGAGACGCAUCACUACAGAGGCUUAUGGUGAGGCCUUCACGUGUUUGGAGACGGUCUUCAGGCUGGAUGCACUGCACAGACAGAUGCGUCUUCUUGGAGACAAUAAUCCAGUGAGCAAACUGCAGGCCAAGUUUGAGCCAGGUGUUAAUCCCAGUAGUUUAAUGAACCUCUUCACCUAUGAGAAAGGCUUCUGCUUCGUCUCAUACCUCUCACAGCUGUGUGGUGACACGAAGAAUUUUGACACUUUUCUUAAGGCGUACAUCGAGCAGUUCAGGUUCAGCAGUGUGGUCGCUCAGGAUCUGCUGGAUUUCUUUUUGGGUUUCUUCCCUGAGCUGAAGGAGAACUGUGUAGCACACAGAGAGGGUCUGGAGUUCGAGCGUUGGUUGAAUGAAUGCGGUCCUCCCCUGUGUGAGCCGGAUCUCUCUGCCGGUGUUGUUUUGACUGGACCUGUCCAGCAGCUCUGUGAUCUCUGGGGGGUGGAGUUACCUGACUGCCAAGCCAUUGCCACCUUUAAUCUUUCCACCUGGAGCACCUUCCAGAUUGUCCUCUUCCUGGACCGACUGCUGGACCGCUCCCCCCUUCCCCAAGAAGUGAUGAGUCUCCUGUCGAGCUGCUACUCAGAUCUGUUGUGUGGGAUGAAUGCAGAGGUGCAGAUUCGGUGGCUGCAGAUUGUGGUGAGGAACGGCUUCUACCCCGACCUGCAUCAAGUCCGGAGCUUUCUGCACAAACAUACCUCACGGAUGUACACCGUGCCUCUGUAUGAAGACCUCUGCGGUGGAGUACUUAAGUGUUUUGCGGUUGAGGUCUUUUAUCAGACGCAGACUCGUUUGCACCCCAAUCUACACAAAACACUGCAGCAGAUCCUGUUCCAGAACAACUCCACGGGCGCUUCCAGCCCCUCCACUCCCAUCACCCCAUCUCAGCCUGCUUCAACCACACCUCCAGACACACCAGCUAAUGGGACCAUCGCCCUGAGAGACGUCAACGUGUCAGCGUGAUGCUUUGAAGACGCCAGAAAGUACCUGGGAGGAGAAACUGGACCAGUCUGGAAUGUACCACAUGCAAGUGGAUUGUGGGAAGAGUGUGAGAUUUUUACAUGCACCUUCAGUAUUCAUACAUUCGCCUUCAAGCUGCUCAGGUUUGUGAAAUAACAUGGUGGACGGAUGUCCUAGACUUUAAGAUGGGCCAUUAUCCAAGUGUGUGUUGUGACUCUUGGUGCACGUGGAAGUUAUGGUCACAUGGAUAUACAUUUUAGGUAGCUUCAGGUAGAAAAACAAGGGCAGCAUGCUGGUAGGUGCAGCACUGUCGGUCCAGAAGAUGUGGUUUCGUUUCUCACCUUUAGUUGGUGUCUGUUUUUUUCCCAUUGGAUUACUCCAGGUACUCUGCUUUCCUCCAACCUCUUUAAAUCCUUGCCUUUUUGCAACAGUUGUGACACCUGGUUCACUGAGUGGCACAAUAGUAACUGAUGUCCAAUCACGAUGGGUUUUAAUCCACAUUUAUUCAAUAACAAAUUCAUCUUGAUCAGGGUCAUACUAGGUUCAGGGCCUAGCAAUAUAUACAGGGUCUUAAUCUGUGCCAGAACAUAAAAAUUCUUACACAUCCACUCACUCAAAGACGAUUUAGAUCAUCUAGUCACUCACUGAAAUGAUUUUAGGGUGUCAGAGGAAGCCAGAAUACCUGGAGACUACUUACUGACAGUGGCGAAAGACAAGAAUCAAACACCAGCGCGCCACUGUGUCACCCUGAAUCAAAUCCUAAUUAUGCAACUGCAGUACAUAGCAGGAAGUCCAUGACGUUAAAUACGUUGCUGAUAUGGCAAUAAACACAAACAAACCAUGACGUUACGAUGUUUCCCCUGGCUGACAGAGUGCAAUAAAUAUGAAAAGAAAUGCAAAAACAGAGUGCAAAAAAUUCUCCUGUUUUUUAAACUGCUGAUUGGUAUAAAAACCUGUAGCCACUGUGGCUCUUUCUGGAUAAGAGCGAAUUCUACUGCUCUAGAGGGUCGAGUGACUCAAUAGAAAAAAACAAACAGACCUCUUUGCUGUAAAGCUCAAGUAUUCAGACCUGUACAGUCCUUUGGUGUUCACCAAACCACACAUGGAUAUUGACACUUGUGAAGAAUAUAGUAGGCAAUUUUCCUUACUUACAUUGUCCCAAUUUAGACAUACCUAGUGUUCUCUGUGCAUUCUGGUGAGCUCUGCUGGUUGCAUGACCCCAUUACAGGCCAAGAGGAGAGUUCUCAUGUGGUCCCCUUCACUGAGACACGGUCAUUUCUUACUAUGAGGUCCCUGGUCAGGCCGGUGGCACUGGGGCUAAUGCAUUAGAAUACUGCAUCUUUCCUUGUCUAGAUCCAAAAUCAAGGUCAGCUGGCCUUGCCGUUUGUGGAACAUGUAUUUAUAUUUUAAUUUUGUGAAACUAUUACCAGUAUGAUGUGGCUUCAUUAACAGUGUUGAAAAUGUCAGCGGCCGUCUGGGUCUCUAAAAUGCGUAUCUGUGGUCCAGUAACUUCAUGUUCAGUGUGUGAAUGUGAAUGCGAGUGUUCGUGCACUCUGUCUAUGCACCUGGUUUUAUAUUUUGCACCUUUGAUUCCUCAUAUGACUUCUAAUUAAGAGACUGGCAUUAAAGUCAGCAUAUAAACAAAAAAGCUGCUCACUAAAAAUAUUUGAGUCAAAUGGAGAAUACCAUGCUCCGACAUAUUCCAGAGGAAGAGACGACGACUAUGAUGAUGCCUUAGUUAGAAAGUAGAUAAAACUUCACACUCUCUUGUGUUUUAUUUAGAUGUAGCCUGCUUUGUUUAAUUCCCUGAAUCUGGAACUCUUACCUCGAUUUGACUCUCAGGUGUUUCUUCGGAGACGGAGACACGUCGUGCCUUUAGAACUAAGCUUUUAAUAGGUUUGAAGAAAUACUUUAGCCAAAACUUUUGCAGAAUUGCCCCUUCUGGGCCAUUAUGGCUAAACUAUUUUUAAACAGGAAAGUGUAUUAAUUUUUCCAGGUAGUUUUUUUGUUAGUGUGUUAUUUUCCCUUAAUAUUGAGAUAAUGUGCACCGUAAAUGCAACAAUAAAUGCAACAGGAGUGGUCAGGGUUCCAUGUGGGCUGGAUAACACCUAUGUGUGGCCUUAAUUUCAGUGAAAUACUGAUUUAGUUUCUGUUUUACACAGAAUAAAUGGUGUCAAACGUUUCUGUGUUUAAAUGUCUUUGUUAUUAAACAUUAUUCACUUAUGCUACAUUA